GACAUCCUGCCCAUUCCCAAGACUGAAAACUGUCGCUCCCGUCGAUUAAGUAUAUUAAGGUAGCACCUGCGCAGCCAGGGGAGGCAGGGAUAGUAGAAGCCCGUUUGGGACCUGCAGCGGAGCUCGCCGACGGCAUGAGCAUGGGCAAGACGUGCUGCGGCACGGACAAGCCCCCAAACAGCCCAACAGGAUCUACAGAUGACAUUCUUUUAGUAGGGCUCCAAGGGAGCGGCAAGACGUUGUUGGGGCUGCGGCUAAAAACGGUGUACGGCAAGACUCCCGCCAACUUCAAAAACGGCACCACCGAAACCAACGGCUGCAUAGACCACACCGUGCCCACACCCAAGGGCUGCCCUGUCAAGAACAUCGUCAUCAGGGAGUGCGGAGGCAGCAUGCAGCCGCUGUGGCGCCAGUGGUACGGCGCAGGCUUCAUCGCCGUCCUGAUGACACUGGACACGAGUGACGCCGCCUCGCUGGCGGCCGCGGGCGUGGCGCUGUACGACCUGUUGCAGAACACGUCGCUGUCCUCGCGGCCGGUGUGCCUGGUGCUGACCAAGGGCGACCUGCCGGUGACGUUGUCGCGCGCCGAGCUGGACCUGUGCCUGGGGCUGGAGGAGCUGCAGCGGCUGUACCCCGGGCGGCUGUUCGUGACGGCUGUGUCGUCGGUGCGGCCCGCCGAGGACUGCCCCGCGCUCCGGGCGCUGGUGGACUGGAUGGCCGGCGUCAAGGCGGCGGCGGCGGGCCUCGCCUGGAGGCCGGCGGGGCAGCAGGGGCAGCGGUAGCAGUGGCGGUGGCAGGGGCUGGGGGCGGGGGCGGGGGCAGCGGAGGGGGGGCUGCGGCGGCGGGAUGGAUGCCAGCGGGGCGGGGGGGGGGACGGCCGAGGCGGGGACUGGGGGGUUGGGGGCAGGUCCGGCAUUUUAACAGGUUCGGGGCGGGUGUGGCCGCUGCAGGGGGUGGGGAGUGCAGCUGCGGGUGCACAGGCCGCAACGGCGGAUGCAGCGUGCCCCCAGGCGCGUCGGGAAUGUAGGAGGCGGGGGCAGGGGGUAACGGAUUGGGUGGCAGUCUUGGAGGCGUGCGGCGGCACGCAAUAGCGUCGCUUUUACACGGCCGCACCGCCAGUGGCCUAGCGGCAGAAAAAUUUAUGGCACCGAAGGAGUAGGACUGUAGGAUGAGCAGGAGGAUCGCAAGCCCGGUCACAGGCAGUGCUGGUUUGCUGCGUGCUGUUUAUGCGGUGUUCGGGCUCUGGAACUGCUCGGGUGCUUGUGUUUUUGCUGGCCGCAGUGUGAGCGCCCCUGUUUAAGGCGCCACCGCGCCAGCCCACACCGUGCAACGCCUCCCACUUUCCCGG